AUGGCCUCUCGGUGUAUUCAGUGUCAUUACCUCGUGAAUCUCCUGUUUCAGGUGCACGCGGGACCCCUCCCAGAAUACAAUGCACAGCUGCACAACGACUCCGCCAAACAGGUGGAGCCUGCACAGACUGAAGCACAAGCCAAGGGAAAUGGCUACCGCACACAACAUGCCUCCCCGGGCCCCCGUGGCCCCGCCGCCUCCAUGGAGGCCCUGUCUCCCUUCUUCAAGAAGAAAGCACACAUCCUGGAGGUCCUGCGCAAGAUGGAGGAGACCGACCCUCUGAAGUUCCACCCGUCCACCGCGAGCUUGUCUUUCUGCGACUACAGCCAAGUGCUCAUGUCCACGGAGGCGGUUCUGGCCACCGCAGACCCUCUUCCCUUACAGUGCAAAUCCCUCCACACGCACUGCCGCUGCUCCUGCUCUGACGCCGACGCACACCCGCAUGUCAACGGCGACGGGGCGGUGAAGUGCGAGGGAGGGAACACCUGCUGUUUACACUGCAAGCGGAGCCCCGACGCUCCUCCGAAGCCAUGCAACCACGUCUGUAGUCCUUCAAAACCCAACUCCGCCACCCAGAGCCAUGUAGUUCCUGCGGCUACUACGAGCGAAUGUUACAGUAAGUCUGUUCCCCCGUCCAAACAAAGCACCAAGAAUGAAGCCCACCAGCAACCAGCAGGCGCCUCCGCCCACCCGUCGGCCCCAGAGGCAGCGGAUCAGAGUCUGGAGGUGAUGGGGGCGGAGCAGGAGGAUAAUUCAGCGGAGAGUCGUCUCAACGCCUCAGAGGAGCUCACCGGUUUCUGUCCCUCGACCCACCUGCAAACGUCUGUGAAGGAAAUCUCCCACUGUGACAUGGAAAUGAGUGACGGCGUUCUGAAUGGUCUGGCGCUUUCCUCCAUCAACAACAACACGAAUGACCCCUCCUCCUUCGCAGAGAAAGACGGCGUGGAUCCGGAGGCCUCCUCUGUGAGAGCCGGUGCCUCCGUCAGCCCCAGCCCCUCCUGCCUCAGCGACGUCAAAGCCGCCGCCAUCAACUCCCCGUCCAAACUGCUCAAGUUUUUAAAGAUUCCCUCGAUCGGGGAGAAGUCUCAGGCUUCAACCGCUGCCGUCCGUCUGAGCCCCCAGCUCACCCGCAACUCCAGGAUCCCCUGUCGCACCAACAACUACGAGGUGUACCACUCCCCUGUUCCCACGCGCCGAGCCACCACCACAGAGAGGUGCAGGCAGCCCCCUCCGCCUCCAUGCAGGUCUGAGUCCUACCCCGCCACACACUCGGCACCCACCUCCCCUCCGCAGCCUGAAGACGUCUGCUCCUCGCCCGCUAAGGAAAUAAGCUACAGCAGCCUGUCUGCACCUAAAGCCAGCGCUAACUCAAAGAUGAGCACACCUUCCUCCGCCUCCUCUUCCUCACCCAAAGUCUCCCAGAGGGUCCCUCAUUAUGAAAAUGUCUGUGAUUUGUCUACCAACGCCAGGGAGGAGGAACCAACCCAGGGCCUCGAGAAAAGAACCACUCUUCCAUCGCAAGCGAAGGCUAACGGCGGCGAGAGGAAGCUCGUGAAAUCGCUCCCAGAGAGCGCAAUGAAUCCCCCCCCUCAGCGAAAGCAGUCUUCCUCCUCCACGUCGGAGUCCACGUCGGACGAUGAAGAGGAUUCAGACAGCCCGGUGUGGGUGAACCAUCACAGCCUGCCCAACUCAUCCGCCCUCAGUAAAGCUCAGGGCAGAGCCAACUACUCACGAGCCAGAGAGAAACCGCAGCCUGACAUAAGGGAGGUCCCCGUGCCGAGCUCGGAGGUCGCUCAGCAGCCGCCUCCUCCUCCGGCCAGGAGGAGCGACUCCUCUUCUAUCCCCAAGAGGCCCGCGGCCGGGGCGGCGAGAUCCCAGGCUGACUCCAGUCACCAUGCUUUCAAAGACAGGCUGGCUGCCCUGGGGAAGCUGAGGAGCUCUGAGGAUCUACAGGUCGGCCUCCGUCCGGUCGACACAGCGGGCGACGCUUCCUACGGCGAGGAGCGGAGUAAGACGGGGGAGAGGCCGGUGGAGCAACUCAAAGAGGAGCAGAGACAUUCGAAGUACACAGACUCUCUGGAUAGUAAACCUAAAGCUGGAGGCGUCGGUUUGAAGUAUCCGGGGUCGUCUCAGCUCUACGAUCAGGCCGUUAAACCUCAGCCUCCUGCUCCGGCUGUGGUUAAACCAGAGCUGUGUGUGAUGAAGACCGAAGGACCCAAGAGCAGAAUCGGUCUGCCGUCCCCCAACGCAGACGCUCCGCAGGUUCUACGCAACAACAUCAAGUGUCCCGGCUCCUUGAAUCUGGGGUAUAACGUUAAACCUGGUCCUCACAGUAACAGCAGCCCCAACAAAAUCCCCCCGAAGUCGCCGUCCAAACCUUGCCAGGGCCCGUCUGUCCACCGAGGGGGGAAGCCCCCAGAGGCCCCACGCUACUCGUCCAAAUCAGAAGAGAGGACCAAGAUCAGCGGGAAAGGGAAAAAGAAUCCCAUGUAUGGGGACAGCCUCCCGCCGCCUCCUCCCAGACCCCCGACCUCGGAGGGGGAGAAGCCCUCGCAGCCGGUGCCCUGCCCGCAGUCGGCCAUCGAGCAGAAGGUGAUGAAGGGCAUCGAGGAGAACGUGCUGAAGCUUCAGGAGCAGGACAGAGGAGGGCAGAGCACCGAGGUCAAGCAGAAGGCCUCCAACGGCAUCGCCAGCUGGUUCGGCCUGAAGAAGAGCAAACUGCCCGCGCUGAGCCGAAAGGCCGACGCCACCAAAGCGAAGGACGAGAAGAAGGAGUGGAAGAUAAACAUCCCGUCGGUCGGCAGGGACUCGGUGAAAAUGGCCACCAGGUGUAAAGAGGGCGUGGAGGGUCUGAACAUCUCCACCCUGAUGGAGAAGGCGGAGGGGCUGCGUCGGGCCCUGGAGGAGGAGAGGGCGUACGUGGAGAGGUCGGGCCGGGGUCACUCCUGCGAGGUGGUGAUGGACCCGGCUCAGGGACAGCUGGCGGUCAUGUACAGGGGAGCGCGCUCGGACAACUUCAUGCAGCAGCUGCUGAACAGAGUGGACGGGAAGGAGGUGAUCAGCGUGCCCCAGCGCCGGCUCUCGUUCGACUGCAAGACCUCGAAACCGGUGUUUGCUCAGCACAGCGACGUCAUCAGUCACACGACCAGUCGAGACGACACGGAGAAGGGAUCAGAAAGAAUCGGCAAAAUCACGUCAGAUGAAAACCUUGCAGAUUCAGUUCACUCCCAACACUUCGCAGGUUCCGGUGCUUCCACGUACACGCUGGACAGCGGCAUCGGCACGUUCCCCCUGCCCGACUGCAGCAGCGGUGCGGCAGGACGGGGCCUGUCCAAGGCGAGGGCCGGGGCCGAGCACCACUCCUCGGGCUCCCCGGGGAGGGCCGGGCGACGAGCUCGCACCCUGGACCGAGAGCUGCCGUCGCAGGACGAGUGUUACACGCCGCACAAGCAGCUGAUUCCCACCAUCCAGUACGGCUCCGUGCUGGAGGGACGGAGCUCGGCCGGCGUCGUCCGUGAAGACAAAGACGCUCACGCAGCGAACAUGUUUUCUCCUCGCUCCAAAACCUGGACUUUCCCGAACCUCAAGACUCCGGCAGGACCCGCGGACGUGUACCUGGCGGUGGAGGAGGAGGAGGAGGCGGUGACGUUCGGAUCACAGUUCAGAGGGAGCGUGAAGGCCGGCGGCCCCUCCUCCAGCCGGGUGGUCGACCCCUGCAGCCUCCCCGUCCCUGCCCAGUCGGGGAUGAGCCGCAGGGGAAAGACUCGCACUCCCAGCGUCCCCGAGAUGAGCCGGGACGCCGGGCUGGAGCUGCUCAGGGAGAGGCCGGAGGAAGCCCUCUCUCCGAGCCGCCCUCAGGUCCUGGAGACGCCCGAGUCUCUGAGCGAUUCUCUGUACGACAGCCUGUCGUCCUGCGGCAGCCAAGGAUGAUCCCCGGAGACGACCGUGGGAGACAGAUACUCCGAAGACGACGGCGCCGCUCCGAACGCGUCUCCUGGUCGCUGGCUGUGCUGCGAUGCUGCCGACCCGCCGCCGCCGCCGCCUUCGAGGAAAAGAACCGCGCCCCGUUGAUGUCCGCAAAGAAUAAUCAGGUGACGUCUCAUCAGCUUUUCCAUCCCACUGGAAAGAUGGAUCGAUAGACUUCUCCUCAGGAUUUCAAAUAAACGUGAAGCCAAAAGUCGCCCAAGUAUAAUCGAUUGUUCACUUUUUCCACAAUCAGACUCGGUUGUGGACGCUUCUCUUUAACUAAUGUACAGGACUACAAGACGCAUGGCCACGCUCAUGAUUAGCACAACACGCCGUCGCUCCCGGUAACCGUUCGGCAACCUCUUCAGUCUUUUGUUUUCUCAUCCCGGUCAUCGAGGAAGCGGUGAAGCCGACGAACUGUGUCAACACGUCCGCUCUGUUCUCGACAUCGUUCCAUCACAUCAAGUACUGGAAAAAAAAAACAUAAAUAAAAAAAAAAACUAAAAACACAAGGAGCUCUGAUAAAAACUGAAUGUUCAUGUCUGUGAUUCUCUAUCGCUCAACUCACAACUUUAAAUGUACAAACGAUUUAUUGAUCAUGUUGAUAUUGUUUUUGUGGCCGAGGACGGUCGUCAGAAUAUGUCUGUUUGAAAUCAUGCUACAUUUAAAGGUAAUAUAUACCAGCAAUAAUUACAUAGAAAAGAGAAAUGGCUACACUAUUCGAUGAAUAUGUAUUUCUAUUAUUUAUUUAUUUUAAAUGUUCAUCAUCUGCAGUCGUCUUUUAUUUUGUAAUCUCUCUCUCUGUGACACUUGCCGUCUCCUCGCUUCGUAGAUUUAUGUUCACACCUUGUAUUUCAACAUCUGUUGCUGUUUGUUCCGUAGCCACUAGAGGUCCUCUGUACCUACUGCCGUUUUUCAACUUUCUAAUUAAAAUGUUUUGAUUUA